AUGCCCCGCUAUACAGUUGUCCGCACUCUUGGCAUCGGCUCCUCAGGCCAUGUUCGUCUAGCGUUACCAUCUAACUCAACUCGUCCGGUUUGCAUCAAACAAGUCUCGUUGGAGGGCUUGAAUGUGGAAGACAGAAAAUCAGUUGAACUUGAAGCCUUGAUUUUGCAAAAAUUGCCUAAACACCCUAAUGUGGUUGAGUUUCGGGAAGCUUGGAUCGACAAACAGUCGUUGUGGAUUGUUUGUGAAUAUGCCGCUGGUGGAGAUCUGGCUAAGUUCAUCAAGGCCCGGAAUGGGUCUCCCAUUCCUGAAUGUCUUAUUUGGCAAUGGGCAGCCCACAUCUUCCUAGCACUCUCGCAUCUCCAUUCUCAUAACGUUCUUCAUAGGGAUAUCAAAACAAAGAACAUUUUCAUAACUGGGACCAACGUGCUCCAAUUGGGGGAUUUUGGGAUCGCACGAAUUUUACGACAACAGGAGCAAGCUUACACACCCAUUGGUACACCGUUUUAUCUGUCACCUGAAGUCUGUGAAGGGCGGGGAUACGGAUUUGCCAGCGAUAUUUGGGGUGUUGGAUGUGUGCUGUAUGAACUCACGACACUCCGCCAUGCCUUUUCUGCGAAAUCGCUCAAAACUCUGAUACCGAAAAUCCUAACUGGAAAGUAUGACCCAAUCGCAAACGAGUACAGUUUGGCAUUGAGAAAUCUCAUCUCGUUGUUAUUAACGACAAAUCCUGACGCACGGCCUUCUGUCCGUGAUAUUUUAGCAAUGAAUUGUGUGGGAAAGUGGUGUGAAAAGAUGAACGGACCUGAUAGAGUGGGCCAGAGAUACACGCCCCGGUGGACAGAGGACAACACGGUGGAAGGUAGCCAGAAAUGGGCCCCGCACCAGGAGAUAAAUCGCGGAGAAACCGUUACGGGGAACGCACCAAACCCCAUUAAACCUGCGCUUGGACCUCAGCGCAUACCAACUCCAUCACCUGCGGAUUCCACCUUCACCCGCAUCGAGCUCGCCCGACUGUAUAUUGAGCGCGAGAUCGGUCUACCGCGCUUUUUUCGUGACAACCAGCUGUACCAGAGAGCGCAAAUGACUACGACAAAAUCUGAUGAAGGCGCGGAUCCCGAUACCUGUGCAAUUAGAAUGGUGAGACAGUUGGUCGAAUGUGAAAAUUGGGCAUAUGCUUUCACCCCUCCCGGCAAGGAAGAAAGGGGAUUGGCGAAGAAGAUAUAA